CUGAAAGAGAAAAAGUACAGCUUGGUGGAACUUGUUCAUCACUUCUUUACUGAAACCAAAGAAGCAGGAAUCUGCAGGUUUGAAGAGUUCCAGGUUGUGUUCAUCUUUGACGGUCUGGAUGAGUGUCGACUUCCUCUGGACUUCCACAACAAUGAGAUCCUGACUGAUGUUACAGAGUCCACCUCAGUGGAUGUGCUGCUGACAAACCUCAUCAGGGGGAAACUGCUUCCCUCUGCUCGCCUCUGGAUAACCACACGACCUGCAGCAGCCAAUCAGAUCCCUCCUGACUGUGUUGACAUGGUGACAGAGGUCAGAGGGUUCACUGACCCACAGAAGGAAGAGUACUUCAGGAAGAGAUUCAGAAAGAGGAAGCAGGUCGGCAGAAUCAUCUCCCACAUCAAGACAUCACGAAGCCUCCACAUCAUGUGCCACAUCCCAGUCUUCUGCUGGAUCACUGCUACAGUUCUGGAGGAUGUGAUGAAGACCAGAGAGGAAGGAGAGCUGCCCAAGACCCUCACUGAGCUGUACAUCUACUUCCUGGUGGUUCAGUCCAAACUGAAGAACAUCAAGUAUGAUGGAGGAUCUGAGACAGAUCCACACUGGAGUCCAGACAACAGGAAGAUGUUUGAGUCUCUGGGAAAACUGGCUUUUGGGCAGCUGCAGAAAGGCAAUCUCAUCUUCUAUGAGUCAGACCUGACAGAGUGUGGCAUUGAUAUCAGAGCAGCCUCAGUGUACUCAGGAGUGUUCACACAGAUCUUUAAAGAGGAGAGAGGACUGUACCAGGACAAGAUGUUCUGCUUCGUCCAUCUGAGAGUUCAGGAGUUUCUGGCUGCUCUUCAUGUCCAUCUGACCUUCAUCAACUCUGGAGUCAAUCUGAUGGCAGAAGAACAAACAACCUACUGGUGGUCUAAAUUAUCAAAAGAUAGAAGGGAUGUGAAAUAUCUCCACCAGAGUGCUGUGGACAAGGCCUUAGAGAGUCCAAAUGGACACCUGGACUUGUUCCUUUGCUUCCUCCUGGGUCUUUCACUGCAGACCAACCAGAAUUUACUACGAGGCCUGUUGACACAGUCGGGAAGUAGCUCUCAGUCCAGACAGGAAACAGUCCAGUACAUCAAGAAGAAGAUUGAGGGAAGUCUCUCUGCAGAAAAAAGCAUCAAUCUGUUCCAUUGUCUGAAUGAACUGAAUGAUAAUUCUCUGGUGAAGCAGAUCCAAUGGUACCUGAGAUCAGGAAGUCUCUCCACAGGCGAUCUCUCUUCUGCUCAAUGGUCAGCUCUGGUCUUCAUCUUACUGUCAUCAGAGGAAGAUCUGGAUGUGUUUGACCUGAAGAAAUACUCUGCUUCAGAGGAUGCUCUGCUGAGGCUGCUGCCAGUGGUCAAAGAUUCCAACAAAGCUCUACUGAGUGGCUGUCAUCUUUCAAAGAGAAGCUGUGAAGCUCUGUCCACAGUUCUCAGCUCCCAGUCCUCUAGUCUGAGAGAGCUGGACCUGAGUAACAACAACCUGCAGGAUACAGGAUUAAAGCUGCUGUCUGGUGGAUGGAAGAAUCCACUCUGUACACUGGAAACUCUCAGAUUGAAUGGCUGUAACCUCUCAGAGAGAAGCUGUGAAGCUCUGUCCCCAGUUCUUAGCUCCCAGUCCUCCAGUCUGAGAGAGCUGGACCUGAGUGACAACAACCUGCAGGACUCAGGAGUGAAGCUUCUGUCUGGUGGACUGGAGAGUCUGCACUGUGCACUGGAAACUCUCAGGCUGUCAGGCUGUCUGAUCACAGAGGAAGGCUGUGUCUCUCUGGCCUCAGCUUUAAAGUCCAACCCCUCCCAUCUGAGAGAGCUGGACCUGAGCUACAAUCAUCCAGGAGACUCAGGAGUCAAGCUGUUGUCUGCUGGACGGGAGGAUCCACACUGGAGACUGGAAACUCUCAGGGUGGAGCCUGGUGGAGUCCAGUGGUUGAGACCAGGUCUGAGGAAGUACUCCUGUGAACUCACACUCAACACAAACACAGUGAACAAAAGGAUCCAACUGUUGGACAACAACAGGGCAGUGACACACGUGAGAGAGGAUCAGCCAUAUCCUGAUCAUCCAGACAGAUUUGACCACUCACCUCAGCUGCUGUGUAGAGACAGUCUGACUGGUCGCUGUUACUGGGAGGUGGAGUGUAGAGGAGUGGUGGAUGUAGCAGUGAGUUACAGAGGAAUCAGACGGAGCGGAUAUGGUAAAGACUGUGUGUUUGGAGAGAAUAAACAGUCCUGGAAGCUGCGCUAUUCUGGUAGUGGUUAUUCUGUCUGGCACAGUGACAGAGAAAUAUCCCUCCCCAACUCCAUCCCCUUCUCCCCCAAUCCCCAAGUCCCCUUAGUCAAUCAAAAAGUAGCAGUGUUCGUGGACUGUCCUGCUGGCACUCUGUCUUUCUACAGAGUAUCCUCUGACACACUGAUCCACCUCCACACCUUCAACACCACAUUCACUGAACCUCUGUAUCCAGGGUUUGGACUCAGGUUCAAGAUUGGUUGGUGUGAUUCCUCAGUGUCUCUGUGUUCUCUGUAGGAGGGACAAUCUCCUCCUGAGAAACUUUCAUUGCUGACCAGAUUGUUCAAUCCAUGGGCGUAGUGGACAUGGGGUACAUGUCCCCCACAGUGGCUGUAUCUGUCCCAUAUGUCCCCUGCACUUUUCCGUACUGUAAAUAGAGUUUGACAGCCGUUCAAUUAAUUUUAACAAGUCAGAGCUUGUUCUUCCAAGUUGUCCUGGAUGCACUGUAAGUGGAGGGUCAAGGUGCGCACUUGUUGCUUCUUUUGUUAUCACAGCAGAGAGCCAUGCUCCCUCUGUUGCCUCUCUAAGCACAGAGUGGGGAGGAUGUACUGUGUGUUUGAACAAAAAUGUAAAGCAAACAAGGCAGCAGAGGCAGAAAACCCUGCACUCGUUCUUUAUAUCAAACCAUGUAAGCUGAGUUAGUUUUUGAUAACAGUUAGCUGACGUUAAAAGGUGACCUCUUUUCCUACUCAUCAGGUGUUUUUGGUUAUUUGGUUCGGUUCCGUAGCCGCUAUGGAGAGGCGCAGUUGAAUAGGAGAGAAUACUUACUAUUAAUGAAACUUCAAAAAUAUGCAACCAGAGGAGUAAUACUUUCUUGGCUAACCAGUUACCUAGAGAAUAGGAGUCAAUAUGUGCAAAUUAAUCAUGUUAAAUCACAACUACUGAAGGUUAAGUGUGGGGUUCCCCAACGCUCUGUGUUGGCACCAUUGCUGUUUAUUUUGUACAUUAAUAAUAUAUGUGAGGUUUCCAGAGCACUAAAAACAAUUUUAUUUGUGGAUGAUACAAAUUUACUCUGCUGUGGGGAUAACUUGAAACAACUUUUGUAUAAAGUGGGAAAUGAAUUGAAGAAACUGAAGAGUUGGUUUGAUUCAAAUAAACUAACACUAAAUUUAAGCAAUACAAAAUUUAUAAUAUUUGGGAAACUCAUGAUAAAUGAUGUACAAAUCGAAAAAGUGUCUGAAAUCCAAUUUGACUUAAUAAUAGACAAUAAAUUAUGUUGGAAGCC